GUCAAUUUGCAACUUUAAUGGCCGUAACGUAACUUCCUUUUCCGGAAGCAGCGCUUGCGCGAAUGAGUUUCCUCCAAAACUAAAAUUGGCGAAAAAAUCAACAUGAUGGAUAAACAGCAGUAUCCGAACGCAAACCCCAAAAACCAGCCCAAUCCCGACGUGCGUGUUGAUGGCAAUGCGCAGCCGCCAGUGCAGCACUAUCCGGAUGAUCCCGGUGUCCAUGUCACUGCGUAUUUGCCAGUGGUGUAUUGGCCAUUCUACUACAUACACAUACCAAAUGAGCCAAACAACUCCUUUGUGCGUUUUGGCAACACGCCGGGCUUUUACCGCAACGGCUGUUGGUACAAUAGCGAAAUAGGUCAUCCACCUGCCCCGGCUCCAGCGCCACCUACUGCUCCUCCGCCGUACGUCUUUCUGCUGGUCCAUGUGGCGUUCGUGCCAACGAACGAGCAACAGCAACCACAGCUGUUCCUCGAAGUCCAGCAGCCACUGGUCAUUGAACUCAUACAGCAGGUGCCUCCACCUCCACCACAACCGCCAACAGCGCCACAUUCCCAGUUUGUGCCAAACGAUCUUCAAAGUGAGGCGAUCUAUAUGAUGCCCGAGCAGCAGCCCCAUUACAUUCCUGCACAGCAUCCACAAUCACAAGACUUUUGUGCGGCUCCACCGAUUCCAGCAGCUCCGGAAUUUCCACAACACCCUUCGCCACAAUAUCUUACGGUUCAAACCGAUUUUGCUCCACCGCAGAUGCAGAUGCAGAUGCAAAUGCAGAUGCAGAUGCAUCAAGGAUGCAUUCAGGAAGCCAAACAACAGCCACCUUCAACACAAUCGACUCCACAAAACCCAGUUCCAUUAGCAGGAGAUCAUGCUCCACCGCAGAUGCAGAUGCAGAUGCAAAUGCAGAUGCAGAUGCAUCAAGGAUGCAUUCAGGAAGCCGAACAACAGCCACCUUCAACACAAUCGACUCCACAAAACCCAGCUCCACCAACAACAGAUCCUGCUCCACCGCAGAUGCACUUACCAGUCGAAGGCGUCCACGAUCUACCUUCACCACAUCUUGCUCCACAUCAUCCAGCUCCACUCAGCAAUUGUGAGUCUGGAUCUCCGCAGCCGGAGCUAAAGAACAUACAGUCCAAGAUUCAGAUCACUAAUAUGUCAGCAGAAGCGACAACUGAGUCACCAAUGAUCACUGCCCAUCCGAAGCCAGUUAGUCAGGCACACAUCACUAACUCCCCACCGGAGCAGGUGCACCCGUGCCCACUGGCCAAGAGGUCAUCCUGCGCCUCUGGAAAAGCAACUAUGCUGGUAAACAUCGGUAGCAAAAUGAAAGUUGUACAAAUUACUGCGGCGCCCGAUAAACAACUCGGGAUCCAAAGUCAAAGGUCCCAGAAGCCAGAGGUCUUUGAGAAUCAGUGGCCGGCAUUGGGUAGCCGCUUGCGCAACAACAAACAGGCUGCCAGAAAGGAUCCUCUUCCACUGAAAAUGAGGUUCCCGAAAUCAGGAUCAGCUUAUUCAUUCAACUCAAAAGUUCAACAGACUAGCACCAAGAAAUCUGAACAAAUCUCUACAAAAACACCAGUAACCCAAAAGCAUCAGUUACCCAAAGAAAACGGAGUUUGUGCUUUUCCACCGAAGAAACAACGUUCACACGAUCAAGUUAAAAAGGAAAGCAGCUUGGUGCCUCAAACUUUGCCUUCUGCAAAGAACAAAAAAGCCAAAAUUCCUACGCCAUUGCCGAAGGAAAAAGCCAAUAUUCCUACGCCAUUGCCGAAGGAAAAAGCCAAUAUUCCUACGCCAUUGCCGAAGGAAAAAGCCAAUAUUCCUACGCCAUUGCCGAAGGAAAAAGCCAAUAUUCCUACGCCAUUGCCGAAGGAAAAGAAAGUGGUCAAUACUACUGUGAAAACCUCAGUUGUUAAAAAACCUGAGGAGCACAAUGCACAGCCCAAGCGAGAAAUCCCGAUGACCACCGACAUAAAAGCUCUGGGUUCGAACAUGUUUGAGCUGCUGGUGGAGCCAGAUCCGCUUUAUAGGGAGGAAGACAGCGAAGGAGACACUUCAGAGCAAGAAGAGCCAAAGGCGGAGGAGGUGGGUCCAGCAAAGCACAGCAGCUCCAAGAAGGAGAAGCGGCGCCUCAAGAAACAGAACACGGCUCUUAAAAAGCAAAGCCUAUGCAAAAAGCGGGCUGAAAAGGAGGCGAAGCGGGUCAAAAAGGCAAAUGAGAAGGCUAAGGAACAGGCUAAGGAACAGGCUAAGGAAAAGGCUAAGGAAAAAGCCAAUGAAGCCAAUAAACGACCAACGGGCACAGUGAUGGUGCACAUUGCUGAUGAGGUCGGCCUCUAUUACAAACUGUCGAUACCUAAACCAGGUGCAUCAUCGCCAGCUGGACAGAGUGCCCAAGUUCGGGAACAGCGCAAUCUGUUCAAGCACAAGCCAUAUCGAAAUAGGAAUCAUGACUCCAAAGUCCAAACAUCAGUGCCAACACUUCGCCUGCGUAUGCAGGCCUCAGAUGCUGCCCCAUCACAAGUGGCAAUGCAGAACUCCAAUCCACAGCCACAGCCACAGCCACAUCCACAUCCACAUCCACAUCCACAUCCACAUCCACAUCCACAUCCACAUCCACAUCCCAAUGAGGUGGCAUCAGGAGUGGUGGCCAAGGCUGAUUCCAAACCGAAACCAAAUCGAGAUGAGAUGAGUGCAUCAUCAUCAGUAUCACGGGCCAUCGAGAAACCAAAGCGAAAUGCUGAUGAGGUUGCAGGAUCAGAAGCAGGAUACAGAUCAGCCACCUAUGAAAAUAACAUGUGGCCGAAUUGUGGGAGCAUUUAUGAGCUAUUUUGUAUUCCACCCAGAGAACCAGGACAGCAUCGAUCGCUAUGCUCCAGAAAACAGCGGAUUGAUUGGGUUAACUACAGAUAUCGCCCGUUUCCUUCGCAGCGCCAAUUGAAGUGUUGUCACAUCAUUAAGACCUGGUUUUAGUUUAUAUGCAACUCGAAGUUCAAAUGAAACUUGUGAUUUGAUUGGACUUGGAUUUAGAAUCGUCCAUUGAGCAAAACAAAGACUAAACUUUAUUUUUUGCACUUUGCAUAUUAUAUUUUACUCUUUACCCUUUGCACCUUACACUUUACACUUUGCACUUUACACUAUUU